CAUGUCGUUGACGUUUUCACCACUUCACGAAAAACCAAGGAAGUGAAAAACAACACUACUACAAUGGUUGUCAACAGGGGAAAGUAAAUGUUAGCUGUUUGGUUGAUUAUCUUUCCCCGGACGUUUGAAAGGAUGAGAUCUAACAUGUGAAGAAACCACUGUUUAGGGUCAGUCCCAUUGACUCCUGUAUCAUCUGUGUCAAUAUUGUAUGUUAGCUGACGAGCUCCACUGCAGAAAUGAAGGCUGCAGACGGGGAGGAGUGUUCAGAUGUACGGGGGGCGGCGGCAGCAGAGGAACCAGGAGUUUCUAGACACCGGCAGACUCCGAUGAAGCCGACUUGGACUCUGCUGGAGGAAGCCGCCCAAAUGAAAACAGAAGGAAACGCUUUCUACAGGGAGAGGAACAUUCGCUCAGCCAUCGGGCGUUAUCACCGCGCUCUCCUGAUCCUUCGGGGCCUUGACUCGGAUGUGAUGGCGUCUGUAAAAGAUUUUGGACCGGAGACGCCUGCGCUCAUGCCAGAACAGGAGGCUCUGCUGAGAAAUACACAAGUGGACUGCUACAACAACUUAGCUGCCUGUUUGCUGCAAAAAGACAGUGUUGACCAUGCUCGAGUGCAGGAAUACAGCCUAAGAGUGCUGCAAUGGCGACCAGGCAAUGUCAAGGCACUGUACAGGGCGGGAGUAGCCACUCUGGAGAUGGGAGACGCACAGACUGCAAAGCAGUACCUCAUCCAGGCCUGCAGAGAGCAACCUAAUGAUGCUAAUGUGAGGAAGCACCUGCAGAGGGCUGAGGAGAAACUGAACUGGGAGUUACAGAAAGAGAAGGCCAUGUAUCGAGGAAUGUUUUCCCCCAGCUCGAAGAACAGCUCCGUUGAAGGGGUGAAACAAACCAACGGAGCUGGGGAAGGAGUUUAGCCUGCCAGCUCACCGCAUCAAACAAGGCUUCAACCUGAGAGACUGUUCAACUGAUGACAAACCAACUGAAGAAUGAUCACAAAUCAUGGAACACUAAUGUUAUUGCCUCUCCUAGACAUUAUACUGGAAAGCAGUCAGUAGUAAAGUAAAGAUGUCGCUGCUGAAAAUAGAAAGAGGACAGGAAUGUUAGUUUCCUAGCAACAUGGAAACAGUUACUUUUUUUUUUGUGCCCAAAAAUUGCAAAAGUUUGGAUAUUUCACAUAUGUGAGAUUCAUCAUGCACUUCUCAAAGUUCUGAUAAUGCCUCCGUGAUUGCAGUUGUCUGGUCAGUGGUCUGAUUGUUCAUUUUCGGAGUUUUCAAAUAAAAUGUUUUUUAUAAAUGA